AUGGUAGAUAUUGACUAUAAACGGGAGUUAAACGCCAGACGCGAUCAAGUUGAGGAUAUUUUUGAGUUUGAAGGAUGCAAAGUUGGUCGAGGGACCUAUGGUAGUGUCUUUAAAGCUAAAAGAAAGGGCGGGAAUGAUGAUAGGGAAUAUGCUUUAAAACAGAUUGAAGGCACUGGGCUCUCAAUGUCGGCAUGUCGAGAAAUUGCCCUCCUUAGGGAACUCAAACAUAAAAACGUUAUAACGCUGCAGCGUGUGUUUCUCAACCAUACAAAUCGCCGGGUGUGGCUUCUUUUUGAUUUCUCUGAACACGAUCUAUGGCAUAUCAUAAAAUUUCACCGGACUUCAAAAGCGAAUAAAACUACCUUUGCUGUUUAUCCGAAUAUGGUGAAAAGCCUGAUGUACCAAAUAUUAAAUGGGAUCGACUAUCUUCAUGCUAACUGGGUUCUUCACCGCGACUUGAAACCUGCAAAUAUCUUAGUGAUGGGCGAAGGACCCGAACGCGGUCGCGUUAAAAUUGGUGACCUGGGGUUCGCCAGGUUGUUUUAUCAACCGUUGAAACCACUAGCUGACUUAGACCCGGUUGUGGUUACGUUUUGGUACCAUGACGCAUGGCAUGACAUGCCAAAGAUGCCCGAAUAUCCUCAGCUCAUGCGAGAUUCCAUUAGCAAAAAGGCCUAUGGAAAGUAUUCCCUCGAAGGCUAUUUAGAAGAAAAAAAGUUCACUAUUGACAAAUAUGAGAUCUCUCUUUUGCAGUCCCUUCUGACAAUGGACCCACUUAAACGACCCUCUGCAGCCGAAUCAAUGAAUCACGAAUACUUUAAGAUUGGAGAAAAACCUAACGAGGAGUAA